AUGAAUGCUUCUUAUGAUGGUCCCGGAGAGCAGGUGCCGAUGCUGGACAUCGCCUCACCAACCGACUCCGAGACGCGAGAGUUCUAUGAGCGUCCCGUGCGGUCUCGUCAGCCCACUCUGCGGCUUCCCUUUAUCAUCGUCGGCAUAAUCUCUGUCCUUGCGCUGUCGUCCUUCAGUCUCUUCUACUUCCCGCAGCAGCAAGUCACCAAUUCGAAUCAUGCCGGCCCGGGUUCUAUGCCGGCGGAUCAAGAUCAUCAUGAGGACCAUGAGAGCAAGCCGGACAAUGACCAUCACGUCGCCUCGACAUCUGUUAUGCCGGACAUAACUACAAGCAUUGCCGUCAUAUCAACAUCGACCUCAGUGUCUAGCUCAAUAUCUAGCUCAACCUCUACCACUCAGGCAUCUCCCACAGAAUCUCUUGCCGUCGAGUCAGGGCUGCCUCUCCCAGAGCAAUUCGACUUGAAGCGCAACUUCGUUGUCACUGCUAAAGCAACUGUGCGUGAAUACACCUUCAACAUCACCCAUGGCCGCGCUGCCCCAGAUGGAUUUGAGAAGACAAUGAUUCUCGUCAAUGGUCAAUCGCCUGGCCCGCUCAUUCAGGCCAACACCGGAGACACAAUUCGUGUUCAUGUCAACAACAUGAUGACCGAGACGAGUACCACGCUCCAUUGGCAUGGGAUUGACCAAAGGAAUACUACUUGGAUGGACGGCGUCCAUUCUAUCUCGCAAUGCGGCAUUCCACCAGGACAGAGCUUCACCUACGAGUUCACCCUCGUCAAUCAGCGUGGGACGUUUUGGUACCAUGCACAUAAAUCAGUCCAGUACACCGAUGGUCUCUACGGGCCCGUGGUCAUCCAUGAUCCUACUGAAGCCAUUGCAGGCGUCGACCAGGACAAGAUUGUUAUGGUGGGAGACUUAUACCACGAUUCCGCCGAACAGAUUCUCAAGGACUACCUAGGACCUUCACCACCAUGGAAACCCAGCAGUCCAGGCAUCGAGCCACCAGCAAAAAACAUCAUUAUCAACGGCCGAAAUGGCAAAGGUUGCACAGGCAGCUCCAUGGCAUGUGAAAACGGCACACUGCACUCCACACACGUAGACCACCAACAGCGUGUCCGUCUUCGACUCAUCAGCCACAGCACAAACGUUCCACUCUACUUCUCAGUUGACAGUCAUCUUCUCGAGAUUGUUGAGCUGGACGGCGUUGAGAUCGAACCCAUACGUACCUCCCGGGUCUUCAUCAACCCUGGCCAGCGAUACUCUGUGAUCCUCACCGCCAACCAGUCCCCAGGUAACUAUCUGAUGCGUGCUUCUGCCGCUGCUGCAUGCUUCCAUAUUCCCGGGCGUCAUAUGGGAGAGUCUGGUAACGCAGGUCUCGAAGCACACGGCGUGCUCGCUUAUGGAGGUGUGGAUGUGAAGGCACAGACGAUCGGAAAGCCAUGGGACGUCGAGAGUUCGCAGACGGAAGGGAUCGGGGCCGAGCCCUGGAGCGAAGAUUGUGCGGAUUUGCCGUUUGAUCUUCCGAAGCCGAAGCGCGUGAUGGCUGCGUACAACGUCAGUGAGCAGAACAGUCACUACUUCCGCUUCAAGAUGAGUCGAGAGACAGGCGUGAUGCGUACUUCUGUCAACGAGACCACGUAUACUCCUCUCGUGGACGAUGCGACUCUCUGGAAAAUCCCCCAUCUAGAUCUCAACGCAGAAAACCCGAAGUGGGACUUUGGACCAAAUCAACAGGUAUUGAUAUCACCGGAUCCCAGCAUGGGAACCCAGAUUGCCAUCUCAGCAAAUCACAUGAUGAUGCACCCGUGGCAUAUGCAGUACGUUUCUCGCCCUUCUUCUUGCAUAAUUCGCCAGGGCUUCCAAGUCGUUGGCUGGGGCGACGGGAACUUCGGAAAGGGCCAGACGACCUGGAAGUUGGACAACCCAAUGCGACGCGACACCCUCACCAUGAUGGGAGCCGACCACGUCGUUCUCCGCAUCGCGUCGGAUAAUCCGGGCGUCUGGGCUCUCCAUUGCCACAUUCUUUGGCACGCUGAAGGUGGCAUGUUCAUCACGUUUGCCCAGCGUCUCAAGGAGCUGCAGACCAUGCUGGGGGUCUUGGAUGGUCCGGACAAGGAUGGCAUCAAAGAAAGGUUUUGUAAAGCUCCAGCGAAGCCAGCCGCAGGUGUAGAGACACACACGUAG